AUGAAUGACAGUGAUGAAGAAUAUGCAAAUUUGGUUAAUGAAAUGGAGAAAGAGAAUGAUCUGCUCAAUGGUAGUAGCAUUGCUGGUCCUAGCGGAAAUAAUCAGGAUGUGCAAGGUGAAGAAUUUUUACUGCCAACUACAAAUGAGAAUGAACACAGGCAUAGCGAAGUGCAAAAUAAAGAGUGCGGACCAGUAAACAUUUAUGAUCCAGGAAAUUGGAAAUUCAUUGACCAAGGUUUCAGAGAUUUUUUGGUAGAAAAGGGUCCCAUAAGAGUAGUAAGUGAACAUAAUCAAUAUCCUUACAAUGAACAUCGAAGACGAUUCUCUAACCGUUAUUAUAAACGAAAAAUGAGUAAUGAGGAAAGGGUUGAUAGGGGAUGGCUAGUAUAUUCAACUGUUAAGGAUCACGUGUUCUGUUUUAGUUGCAAAUUGUUUAAAGGAGAUGGGGUUGAUUGUCAGUUGGAUACCAAUGGCUCUAAUGAUUGGCAUAAUCUUGGUAAAAAACUUAGACAACAUGAUACUUGUGAGGGACAUAUAGAAUCCAUGUCAAAGUGGAAUGACUUGGAAAGAAGUUUGAAGAAAAAGGAAACCAUCGAUAAGGCGAUGCAAGAACAAAUCAGGAAGGAAAAAGAGUAUUUGAAACAAGUCUUGGUUAGAAUAGUUUCUCUUAUCAAAACUCUUGCUAAAAAUAAUUUAUCUUUUCGUGGGGAUAAUGAAAAGAUUGGCGAAGAAAAUAAUGGUAAUUUUCUCAGCUUUAUUGAAAUGAUUGCGGAAUUUGAUUUGGUAAUGCAAGACCAUCUUCGGCGUUUCAAAGAUCAGGACAUUCACCAUCAUUAUCUUAGUCCCAAGAUCCAAAACGAGUUGAUUUCUUUAUUGGCACACCAUGUGAGAGAGAAAAUUGUUGAAAAAAUUCAAGAAGGAAAAUAUUUUUCUGUGAUGUUGGAUUGUACUUCGGAUAUAAGCCGUGAAGAACAAAUGUCUCUCAUUAUAAGAUAUGUGGAUUACUUAAGAACUCCGAAAGUUGAAGAAUAUUUUCUAGGUUUCUUAAAGGUGUAA